AUGUCGACACCGGUGGACGAUAUCGCCACCGAACUAUUCGCUAUCACCCUAACCAAUAACAAUGCUCAUUCAGAUAGUCACCACAAAUUGUGGGUUUCGCAUUCAGAAGUCCAACAAGACAAGGGAAAGGCUUACCUGGAUGCUGAACUCACUGUCAACAAUACUCAACACAUCACCCACACCCUCCAGGCUGCCGAGAUGCGGCUCCAUUCAAAGGCUGAAGUAACUUUGAACGUGGUGGAGUCACGGAUGGAAAGGGCUCACAUUCAACUUUCCUGUGCAACGUCUCGUGAUGUGUUGUGGUCCAUCCGAAAUGACCUGGCUGCAACAAUCAAGACCCUCACGAAAGUAAAGCACAAGGUCUCCUCUAUAGUCUCUCGCAAGACUCGGCUAGAGACAUCGUGUGACAAGAUGCAAAAACUCCUUUUCAGGAAGGAAGAUGGGCUUCCCUUGUUGUCUGGGCCAGUUGAAUUUGAUUCUUCACGUCAUUACAAUUUGUCCAUCAACUAUUCCAACGAGAUUGCCCAGGUAUCCCUUUUUCUGGGAGCCGUUUCCAUUGUCAUUUUCGGCAUCGGUCGCAGACAUGGGGAGUUCCUGAUGGGCGUCCUUUCCCUAAUCUUGAGCCUUGCCAUGGAUGCGCAAAACCCCCAUUCUGAGUCUCGUCAACAAAACACACUCUCUCAGAUCCUGUGA